GUAAAACUAGGUAAAAUGAGGAGAAGCAGCUAAUAGUAAAGCCAAAAAAGGCGAGUCUUUGUGGUUUACUUCUACUCUCCCUAUCAUUCGACUUCUAUUGUUCUAUGAAGCAUUACCCGCCAAAACUACCAUGUUUUAAAGUUUAAAGGCUGUCCUAACCAACUGUUUUGCUCAUAUCAUGAGCUUCCGUAGCCACUCCAGGCAGAUACACAGCAGCUGUUUACGAUGGCUGCGAAGUGAACCCCUUAACAAUAUACAAAGAACAAACCCUCAAAACCCCAAACAAUGCCGUCGAUCAAAACAAACAGCUAUCAAACAACCACCAAAGAUAUCAUCAUCUUCUACCAGAGACUCGGAUAUAGUGAAAUGGAACAUUGCAAUCACCAAUUAUAUGCGCAACGGCCAAUGCGAGUCCGCACUACAUCUCUUCAAGACCAUGCCCCAUCUCAGUUCAGUUUCCUGGAACACCAUGAUUUCUGGAUACUUGUUGAACGGCAGGUUCGACGAUGCCCGAUUGAUGUUCGAGAAAAUGCCGGAAAGAGAUUUGGUUUCAUGGAAUGUGAUGAUUAGUGGGUGUGUCCGGAAUCGGAAUCUAGGUGCUGCCAAGUUGUUGUUUGAUCAAAUGCCUGAAAAGGAUAUUGUUUCUUGGAAUGCCAUGUUGUCGGGUUAUGCCCAGAAUGGGUAUGUUGAUGAAGCAAGGAUGAUUUUCAAUAAGAUGCCCAACAAAAAUUCUAUAUCAUGGAAUGGGCUACUUGCUGCGUAUGUGCAGAACGGACGAAUAGAAGAUGCCCGUCGGUUAUUUGAAACGAAAUCGGAUUGGGAUGUGGUUUCUUGGAAUUGUUUGAUGGGUGGGUAUGUGAGGAAGAAGAGGUUGGUCAAUGCGAGGCAGCUUUUUGAUAGAAUGCCCCUGAGAGAUGUUGUUUCGUGGAAUACCAUGAUUUCGUGUUAUACCCAGAAUGGGGAAUUGACAGAAGCACGGAGAUUGUUUGAUGAGUCUCCAAUUCGGGAUAUCUUCACGUGGACGGCAAUGGUGUCUGGGUAUGUUCAAAAUGGAAUGUUGAAUGAAGCUAGAAAAAUAUUCUAUGAAAUGCCAGAAAAAAAUUCAGUUUCAUGGAAUGCUAUGAUUGCAGGGUACUCACAGAGUAAGAGAAUGGACAUGGCAAUGGAAUUGUUUGAAGCAAUGCCUUGUCAGAAUGUUAGUUCUUGGAAUACAAUGAUUACUGGUUAUGCUCAGGGUGGUGAAAUUGCUCAUGCUAGGAACUUGUUUGAUAGAAUGCCUCGACGUGAUUGCAUCUCUUGGGCAGCAAUUAUUGCUGGGUAUGCUCAAAGUGGUAAUAGUGAAGAGGCUUUGCGUCUAUUUAUAGAGAUGAAGAGAGAUGGGGAAAAGUUGAAUAGGUCAACUUUUACCUGUGUUUUGAGCACAUGUGCUGAGAUUGCUGCUCUAGAGUUUGGGAAACAAGUGCAUGGGCGGCUUGUGAAAGCAGGAUAUGAAUCUGGUUGCUUUGUGGGUAAUGCACUUCUUGCAAUGUAUUGUAAGUGUGGAAGCAUAGAUGAAGCGUACAAUGUAUUUGAAGGACUUGCAGAGAAGGACGUCGUCUCAUGGAACACAAUAAUUUAUGGUUAUGCAAGGCAUGGCUUUGGCAAAGAAGCUCUGAAAGUUUUCGAGUCAAUGAAGUCAGCGGGUAUUAAACCUGAUGAUGUCACCAUGGUUGGUGUCUUAUCCGCAUGUAGUCAUACUGGCUUGGUAGACAGAGGAAAAGAAUAUUUUUAUUCAAUGAAUCGCGAUUAUGGGAUAACUGCAAAUUCAAAGCACUAUACCUGCAUGAUUGAUCUUUUGGGACGUGCUGGACACCUAGAUGAUGCCCAUAAUCUUAUGAAAACCAUGCCUUUUGAACCAGAUGCUGCAGCAUGGGGAGCUCUACUUGGUGCGAGCAGAAUUCAUGGUAAUACUGAGUUGGGAGAAAAGGCUGCUGAGAUGAUUUUUGAGCUGGAGCCUGAUAAUGCAGGAAUGUAUGUUCUUCUCUCAAAUCUAUAUGCAUCUUCAGGUAGAUGGGGUGAUGUUGGUAAGAUGAGAGUGAAAAUGAGAGAUAUAGGUGUGAGGAAAGUGCCUGGAUAUAGUUGGGUUGAAGUGCAAAACAAGAUUCAUACAUUUACAGUUGGGGAUUCCACCCAUCCAGAGAGUGGUAGAAUAUAUGCCUUCUUAGAAGACUUGGAUUUACGGAUGAAGCAGGAGGGCUAUGUUUCUUCUACGAAAUUGGUUUUACAUGAUGUGGAAGAGGAGGAAAAGGAGCAUAUGCUCAAGCAUCACAGUGAAAAAUUAGCUGUUGCAUUUGGGAUUCUUACGAUACCAGAUGGGAGACCAAUCCGGGUGAUAAAGAACUUAAGAGUGUGUGCAGACUGCCACACCGUGAUCAAACACAUUUCCAAAAUUGUUGGAAGGUUAAUAAUUCUCCGGGAUUCGAACCGUUUUCACCACUUCAAAGAUGGUGUGUGUUCUUGUGGGGAUUACUGGUGAGAGGGAACAGAUAAAAGAUGAGAAAUAGCUAAGGAUUUUUUGCAAAUUCACUCACUGCAACUCCGCAUCUUUUGGGUUGAUAAUUUUUAAUAUUCAACUCAGUAUCUUUUUUACUACUUACACAGAAAGAGUGAGGAAUGACAUUCUUACAACCUUACUGUUGGACAUCUAAAAUGUGCUUGGAAGAAUCCAUUUCCUUGAAGGUUUAUUGGGCAAAAAUGGAGCAAAACCUGAGAUGAUCAAAAUGUACUGUGAUCUACUGGAUUGCACUGAACUAGAUUCCUCUGUGAUUAGUUAUCUGAACUGUGGCUGGACCAAUUCAUAAAGAUUCCGGAAUGCAAAAUGAUAAGAAACUUCAACCAUGCAUCACCAGAGCAUGACAAGCAGAAAUGUUUCAGGUGAGAUUAUAUAAAAACAAGUCUUUCAUUGGCUUUUCCCCUGGAGAUAUGUGAAUAUUCUAUUAUAGGCACGGCGUUCUUGCACUAAUACGGAAGAGUAACAUCAGAAGGGAGGUAUACCAGAAACACUUGCCAAAUCCAGUUCCUAACAAGUGCGUUGUUGUUUUUUUUUUUUUUUGUUUUCCCUGAAUGGGGUGAACAAUUGCGUUUAUACUAAGGUUGUCCUAAUCUUCCCAUCAUCUCCAACCUGCUUGGUUUUUUCAAUAUGCUGGAGUUUCAUAUACAAGUAAAAGAAACUUUUCCUUGAUUCCUGGUUACAGGGAUCAUGGUAUUCAACUACAUUUUGGUACAAAAGCUGGUGUUCUUCGUUGCAAUUAAGAACAGUUCCUUCUCUUUUCAUUCAUUGCUGAAGAUGGUUAAUAUUAGUAUGUUUUGAAGCACUUACAAAGUUAUAAUUUGCCUCCGCUAAUAACAGUGCAAACAAGCUCAUGCUCUCUAUUACUUUGCCAAGCAGUUCCAGCUCUCAAGGAUCAGAAGAGAAGUGCUUCAAAUAGGGAUAGUAUGUCAUCAAUAGUGUUUUUCACUUCAUCCUAUUUCGAUUAUUUGGCACACACUACAUUUUUGCAAAGAAUUCAAGUGGGUGCCAAUCCAUUGUGCAUGAGAUAUGUUAUGAUUGUCAGUAAGGUGCAGAAUGAUAGGCUUAUUUCUUUAACUUCUGAAAAUUCCUUCUGUUUUCGUCCACAAUCAUUUUAAACAUGCCUGAAAUUCUAGUUUAGAGUUUCAGUUCCCUUUAGUCCUGAGCUU